CUCUCCAGAUCUUACAGUUAUGCCCCUGCUGUAAGUCUCUGUGACUUCUCUGUGUCAGUCUCUCGGCCACCUUCCCUAACGCAGGCCUCUGUCUUUGCUUGGGAAAGGAGCCCAGAGCUACUGGGAUUUCCCCAGGAUCCAGCCCCCGCCCAGUGCUGCCAGAGAGGGAGGUGACAGUUGCUCGAGUUGAGGAAACUCCCCAGGAACCUGUUUAUCUGCUUCCUGGCCAGGCUGAGGCUCCUACCGAAAGGACAGGGACCUGGCAUGGUCAUGGCCUCAGCCCUGUGUCCACCCCGGGGCCCCAAGCUCAAAGGUGCUCCACCUUCCCACUACUACGAGAACUUCCUAGAGAAAAAGGGACCCUGUGACCAGGAUUACAGGAAGUUCUGGGCGGGCCUCCAGGGUUUAGCCAUCUGUUUCUACAACAGCAAUCGGGACUUGCAGCCCCUGGAAAAGCUGGACCUGAGGCUGUUUUCAAAGCUCAAAGAUGAGGCUCUGUUGGGAAGCUCACAUGACACUACCUAUCACUUCAGCCUGGUUCUCCGGGACCAGGAGGUUAAAUUCAAGGUGGAGAGCCUGGAGUCUUGUGAGAUGUGGAAAGGAUUUAUCUUGACUGUGGUGGAGCUCCGUGUCCCAUCUAACCUGACCCUGCUGCCCGGACACAUGUACAUGAUGGCUGAAGUCCUGGCCAAAGAGGAAGUACGAAGGGCAGCCGAGGUGCCCUGGUGCUUUCUGCAGGUGAGCAGGCUAGAGGCGCAGCUGCUCCUGGAGCGCUACCCGGAGUGCGGGAACCUGCUUCUGCGACCUGGAGGGGAUGGCAAGGACAGUGUGUCUGUCACUACCCGGCAGAUACUCAAUGGGUCGCCGGUGAUCAAACACUACAAGGUGAAGCGAGAAGGUUCUAAGUAUGUCAUCGACGUAGAAGACCCGUUUUCCUGCCCCUCCCUGGAAGCUGUGGUCAACUAUUUUGUGACGCACACCAAGAGGGCGCUGGUCCCCUUCCUGUUAGAUGAGGACUAUGAGAAGGUUCUAGGCUGCCCGCCCUCUCUGUUCCAGGCUUCGUGGAUUCGGAUCGGGAGAAUGGCGAGAAUGCAUGGACUGUGCCCUCCUCCCGAGGCUCAGGCUCUCAUGUAGCUGUGGACUCAGAUGACAGGUUCCUACACUGAGAUCCUAAAGAUUUUUUUAAUUUUAUCAUCAUCAUCAUCAUCAUCAUCAUCAUCAUCAUCAUCAUCAUCAUCAUCAUCAUGUUUUUUUUUGAGACUCUGGCUAUCCUGGAAAUCACAGAGAUACAUCUGCCUCUGUUUUCUGAGUGCUGGAACUAAUGGCCUGGCACCAAAGGAUUUUAUUAGUAGAGAUAGCUAAAGGAGAGGGACCUGGGGUGGGAGCUAGGCAGGAAGGGGCUGUGAAGUCUCAUUUACCAAGUGGGAGGAAGAGGCAGCAUGCCCUUGCUAAGGUCUGAGGGUAGCACAGCAUGGUCCUCCUGAGUCCAGCCCUGGCUCACAUGUAUUUGGAUGCUGUGUUUCUGAGGUGUGUGUCCAUGUUAAAGGUUCAUAUACAUCUCUGUAUACUCAUGUCUUUUUAAAAUAUAAUUUAUUUAUUUUCGUUUUAUAUCUGUGUGAAGGUCUCAGAUCUUGGAACUACAGACAGUUGCAAGCUGCCAUAUGGGUGCUGAGAUUUGAACCCUUGGUCUUCUGGAAGAGCAGUCAGUGCCCUCAAUUGCUGAGUCAGCUCUCCAGCCCAUUAUGCGGGUCUUAGUUAAGGUUUCAUUGCUGUGAAGAGACACCAUGACUGUAGCAGCUCUUAUCAAGGAAAAUUGAUUAGGGGUGGCUUACAGUUUCAGAGAUUUAGUUCAUUAUCACUGCGGUCCUCAUGGCAGGAAGCAUGGGAGUGUGCAGGCAGACAUGGUGCUGGGGGACAGGAGACUUGAUCCGCAGGCAGCAGGGGACUGUGUGGCAUACUGGGCGUAGCUUGAGCAUGGAAGACCUCAAAGCUUGUUCCCCCACAGUGGCACACUUCCCUCCAGCAAGGCCACACCUAUUCCAAAAGGCCUAAUAGUGCUACUCCCUAUGGGCAAACCUUCAAACACAAGUCUAUGGGGGCAUGCCACUAGAAUACACUCAUACCUGUGUACAGCUGAAAUCCUACAUGCAUUUUCAAAGUGCAAACACAUUGUGACUGACUGCUGGGCACACUUGUUUAUCUUGGCAGGUACUCCCGAAGGGCUUUGUACCACAUAGGCUCUAACAGUGACUCUGUUUUCCCCAUAGGCCCUGCCCUCCCUGCUAAUGUCCCAAAGCCACUCCCA